AUGUCCAUCGCAAAUCUCAACAGACCAGCAGGUACUUUUGAUUAUUUAUGAUUCCACGUAAUUAAGUUCAAAAAAUUCAGACGCUUUCGAACAACUUGAAACCGAAGACGGUGUUCGACAAGGAGUUUGCCAUAUUCGUAUUCAGCAACGUACAGGAAGAAAGACUAUCACAACAGUGCAAGGAGUCGGAACUGAAUACGAUUUGAAGCGAAUUGUUCAAUAUUUGAAGAAGGUAAGCAAUAAUUUUUUGAAUGUUCGUAACCCGCUUUGUCUUUUGUCCUUCAUUUGAUUUUCACACACAAUUUUCUUUUCUGUUCUGUAGACACUUGUUGGCAUACAUUUUCACUGAAAUUAAAAUCCUAGACAGAGCGGGGAUUUUUCGAUACUUUCCAUUACCCAGCUUUUGAUAUUUUCAGUGAAAAUGGUGCGAUCAAGUGUUCGAUUACUCGUAUUUCUUUCAAUUUUUCGUCUUGCAUCAGUUUAUAUUGUUUCUUCUUGGUUUGUUCCUGAUGAAAUAUAUCAAUCGUCAGAAGUUGCGCAUAAUUUAGUUUAUGGAACUGGUCAUCUAAGUUGGGAAUGGAGAGCCUCACUCCGAUCCUACUUUCAUCCAGCAUUGAUUGCCGCAAUUUAUCAAUUGAUCAAUUAUAUCGGCCUAGGAUCAUAUAGCUGGAUUAUUUAUAAUGUUCCCCGAAUUUUUCACUCUCUUCUAUUCGUAGUUGCUGAUUUUUCCUAUUACAAGCUAUGUAGAAGGCUUUGUAUUACUAGCAAAAUCGCUGAUAUGUCUUUUAUUUCCUACCUCUCUUGUUGGUUUGUAUUUUAUUGUUCUUCCCGCACUUUAUCAAAUUCACUUGAAACUUCAAUCACUUUAAUUGCCUUAUCCUGGUUUCCCUUCGAAGGUAAAUUCUACAAAGGAUCUACCUGGCCUUAUAUUGCAUUAGGUAUAAUAACCAUAGUAAUUCGCCCCACUGUAGCUUUAAUUUGGCUUGUUUUUGGCCUUUAUCAUUUAUAUUUAUCUCCCAAUCCGUUCCGCCUUAUUUUUCGUGUUGUUGUCCCUGUCGCAUUCCCGAUUCUUCUGCUAACAAUCAUAAUCGAUUCUUGGGCGUAUGGUCAAUUUACGAUCCCAUUAUGGAACUUUUUACAAUUCAACGUGUUCCAAGGAGGAAGUGCAUUUUUCGGAGUUCAUCCAUGGCAUUGGUAUUUUACUGCUGGAAUUCCGACAGUUCUAACAAUUCAAAUUAUACCAAUCAUCAUCGGAUUACUUGGUCCAAACAUCUUCCGUCCAACACUUUUACCAUUUUAUGCCACAUCAUUAUAUAUUUUGGUUCAUUCAUUCCUUCCACACAAAGAACAACGAUUCUUGCUCCCAAUUAUUCCGCUAUUAUGUAUUUAUGCUGGAGGAGCUUUUCAAAAUCUCAAAAAAUGGCAGCCGACGGCAGUUGGAGCGAUGAUUUUCAUCAAUUUUAUUGUUGUAAUCUUCACUUCAAGAUAUCAUCAAGUCGGUCCAUUUGCUGCUCCAAAAAGAAUAAUUGAAGAAUGGCGAGGCCCGGGACCAGUAUCGAUUGCCGCUUUGAUGCCAUGCUAUUCUCUACCGGGACACGCUUAUCUGCACAAUGAUCUGAAAACGCUUCGUCUCCUUGAUUGCUCGCCGGAUUUCGAAAAUCUUGGAAAACUCGACGAAGCCGACGAAUUCCACGAAAACCCGUUGAAUUGGCUCAUGUUCAAGUUUGAAAAAGAGCAUAAGUUGUAUGACCGAAUAUUGAUGUAUGAAAAGAUUUAUGAGAAAACACAUACAUGGUUCGAUAAAUUUGGAUGGAAUCAAUGUAUCGAAAAAAUAUGGCACUCCUUUGCACUCACUUCUUCAAGAGAAGAUAAUUAUAUGAUUGUUUUAUGCAGAAACGGGAACUCUGUCUAGCUCUGAUUCUAUCUAUUUCACUUGUAUUUUUUGUUUUGUUGAUUCGGUUUCAGGAACCAUAAACCACUUCUUUGAUUUUUUUAAUUGAAAAAAUGAGUUUGUUUUUUCUAGAAACACAGUUGUAACGGAACAAUCGUCGAACAUCCAGAAUAUGGAGAGGUUAUUCAAUUGUCAGGAGAUCAACGUGAGAAAGUAAAGGAUUUCCUGAUAAAGGUAAGAUUUUAUUUGAAAAAACUGCUUCAUAUCAAAAUUUUAAAUUAAAAUUACAUAGUAAAAAAAUCCAUGAUUUCUAAAUAUUUCUCUUUUUCAAAUCACAGACACGAAUAUCUGAUAAAUUAUUAAAAACCCUUCAAAAUUUUAAAAAGUUGUUGAUGAUUUGUUUCAAAUCCCAUUUAUUUAUACAGCUUGCUGCUUUCCCACUGAACAAACAAAAAUUCAAAUUUUUUCAGGUCGGAAUUGUGAACGAAUCGAAUUGUCGAGUCCACGGUUUCUAA